UUUCAUGAUUGAAGAGAGGACAAAAGAUGGGCUGGCCUGAGGUUAAGCAAGCCGCCGAUGAACAUAGGUAUGAACUAGUUCUGAGUGGUGCUACUGUUUCCGAGAGGAUCGAUAAAAGUGGCCUGGACAAAGAUAUUUUCGAGUUGACCUUUCUCAAUUUUCUACAAAUAUCGAACACAACGUUGCUUUCGCUUCCGGUCGAAUUAGGGCAACUGGUGAAAUUAAAGACACUGGAUUUGCACAAAAAUAGCUUAAAGGAAUUACCAGCUUCCAUAGGAUUGCUCAAGGAACUUAAGCACCUUGACUUAUCGGACAACAAGUUGCAAAAGCUUCCGACAACACUGACAGAACUGAAUUUGCUUCAGUCAUUGAAUUUGAAUUGCAACCAACUAACUGAACUGCCGAGUUUUGUACUUCUCACAAGUCUGAAACGAGUUGACAUCAGUCAUAAUCAACUGAAAGAACUGCCCGAUGGAAUAUACGAACUGGAACAUCUGUCGGAAAUCAUCGCUUCUUACAACCAGAUCAGCAACAUUAGUGGUAAUAUCUCAAAACUGCCAGCUCUCAAGGUGCUGUCCUUGAAUGCAAAUAAGAUUGAACUUCUUCCAUCAGAAUUGACAGACUGUCUUAAGCUGAAAGAUCUUCACUUGCAAGACAACUCGAUUCAGGACAGGAGACUUUUUAAGGUUAUCAAACAAUGUUCAACCAAGGCAGUUUUAGAUUACAUCGCAACAAGAAGUGAGAAAGUGAAAGCUGGGAAAAAAGGAGGGAAAAAAGGGAGAAGUAGAAAGGUCAGCGAGGGAGCUGAUAAUGAAGUUAGUGCGGACCAGGCUGAGGCACAAUUUUUCAACCCAGUGGUCAGAGUUAUGCACAGUGAAGAGUUUAAGGUUGUUUCUCAAUCAAGUGUUAAGGUUGUGCGACCUUAUAUUGUAUGUGCAGUGGUGAGGAAUUUGGAUCUUAUCGAUGCAGAUGCCUAUAAAAAGUUCAUCAAUAUUCAGACCAAACUUCAUGAAAGCAUUUGUGACCAUAGAACAUCAGCUACAAUUGCCACACAUGACAUAGCACCUUUAGCAUUCCCCCUGGAAUAUGAAGCUUGCCCUCCAAGUGAUAUCCAGCUGGUGCCUCUGGGAAGACAAGAGGAAAUAACUGCUGAACAGCUGAUAACAGACCUAAGAGCAGAAGCCAUGAGACAAAAACAGAAAACAAAAAGAAAUCCUUUUAAAACUGGACUUUUUAAGUAUCUUACUCUUAUUGAAGGAGCAGAGUCAUAUGCUGUAUUAAGAGACUCAAGUAGAACUGUUGUGUCUCUGCCUCCAGUUACUAACUGUGACAAGAGUAAGAUAACAGGGAAAAAGAUUGAUGUACUCCUGGAGGUAACAUCACCAGUCAGUCUUGAAACUUGCAAGACUGUAAUGGACAGUCUAAUUAAGAUGAUGUUGGAAGUUGGUUUGUUUUCGGAAGCCAACACUUUGGUUGAUGAUGUAGAAUGUGCAACUUCCUUGUCAAACCAAGAGCUUGUUAUCGAACAAGUUAGAGUAUUAGGCAGUGAUGGACAACUCAGAGUUGUUUAUCCAUCAAGAGUUGACCUGCAGUUUGAGUCAGUCAAAGUUAUUAGACCAGAAAAAGUUUAGGAAACGAUUAUGUAACAAGAUAUGGACAUGUAGAAAAGGGUGUUGUCUCAUUUGUAGGGGCUGUCUUGGUGUACCGGUACACGGAGGAAUUCCUAUUGUUUUCAUAUCCAUACAUGGAGUUGUGACGCAGUUCGUUAAUGUUUCGUUCCUUUGUGUAACGGUUCACAAGGACACAACCCAUUUGUACCACUUACUUUAAACUUUAAAUUCAACCAUUUGCCUCAAAGGCAAUAAUGAAUUAGCCCCUUCUCUGUCGGCUUAGUAUUAACACCCCCCUUACUGAAUCCAUUUUUGGUGUAGGUUAGUUUUUCUUAAUGACCAGUAUAUGGUUCGGUUUGGUCCUGUAAGGGUAAACCAAGUAGAUAAAUGUUUUUUUGUAAAGAUUGCUUGGGACGGAGAUUAUUGGAGAUGGAUUGUAAACAUCAGAAAUGACAUUAAAGCAGUCGAAAAUCAUUAAAGGUGGAAUA